CAGUGUUCUUUUUUUUUUUUUUUUGGUUUGGGGAUGUUGCUGGCUGAAUGUGGGGUAUUAGGGUUAGGGCUUGUAUCGUCCCCCAGCCGGCGCCUGCUAGCGAACAAGGGCUUUUUAUCGGAACGAAUGACAUCUAGUGUGGUGUUCUCUGGAUCUUUAGCAUUUCGGUAGCUCUCCAAUUUCGGCAUUUGCCGUAGGCAACUCUUUCAACAACAAAGGUCCACGCCAUGGCCUUUCAUCCAAGCUUACUUGAACCGAUAUUAUCUUUUAUCAUUGUGCUUGGUUACCAUGUCUGGCUUGUAUACUCUGUCAUUGCGGCCCCUGAAAGCACAGUUAUUGGUUUAACAAGAAACGCGCGGAGAAAAUGGUGCUAUGUGAUUGCACAAAAGAAAGAUGGUGUAUUGUGCGUUCAAACACUUCGGAACUGGUUGAUGGCGUCCUCGUUGCUGGCAACGGUUUCCGUCAGUCUCGUGGUUGGUUUGGCUGCAUUCAUGGGCCAACGCUCCCGAAUGUCCGCAUUCCCUGAAACCGACGACGGAGUCAGAGUCAAAUGGAAAAUAAUCAUUCUAAUGUCCUGCUUUGCGAGCUCAUUCUUUUGCUUCACCCAGUCCAUGCGAUACUUUAUCCACGUUGGGUUCUUCGCCACCGCCGCAUUUGCCCUUCCUCCCCAAUUCCCACCAUACAAUCCCCUGACACACGGCCCCGUUUCGUUACCGAAUGCGAAUGGAGACAGUGCUUACUCUGAAGCCAACGGAAAUGGCGUGGCAGUGGAAGAAGGAGAGGACUCACUCUCGCGGGACGUUAGAACUCUUGCGAGUUUGCUCAAUUUGGGUGGGCUCUUCCAUACAUUGGGUUUACGAGGCUUUUAUUUGACAUUCCCUGUGAUUUUGUGGUUGUUUGGGCAAUGGCUACUCUUGGCGAGUACCAUCGUGCUCGUUAUGGUAUUGGUUAUGUUGGAUGUCAACUUUGCAUUCUUUUACGGGCGGCGAGGAAGAAUUCGCAUAUGACAGAAUGCGUGGCGUGUAACGUUUGCAGGACCAGGUAGAAACAGUUGCAGAUGGGGGCACUGGGUUCAAGAAUAGGCUGUAACAUAUUGUAUGGGUAUCCCAUUCGCAUUAAAUCAUUAAUCAUUCAUAAUUUCAUUACAUCCAACAUCGAUGCAUCGCACGAUGGCCUUGAG